UUUUCCUGUUGAAGGGGAUCCGUUUGUUGCUAUGGUUGAAAAUGUCUCCUUAACAACCGGACUAAAAAUGGAGUGAACUUCGGUUGUAUUACCAAACGGUAUCUGUGGGGUGGAAUGGCAGAGACAGCAGAGAGCAAGAAAGAAGAGGCAGACUACAAAAGGCUGCACAGCUUUCCUCUAAUCAGGCACACAGACAUGCCAGAGGAGAUGAGAGUGGAGACUAUGGAGCUCUGUGUCACAGCCUGCGAGAAGUUCGCCACCAAUAACGAGAGUGCAGCGAAGAUGAUCAAGGAGUCGAUGGAUAAGAAGUUUGGCAGCUCGUGGCACGUGGUGAUCGGCGAGGGCUUUGGCUUCGAGGUGACACAUGAGGUCAAGAACUUGCUCUACAUGUUCUUUGGAGGAAGCCUGGCCGUUUGUGUCUGGAAGUGCUCCUAGCAUCAAUAACCACUCUAGAUCUAUAUAGCUGUCUGUCUAUCUACACUAUAUAUAUAUAUAUAUAUCCACUAUACUUUUGUGUAUAUAUAUAUAUAUAUAUAUAUAUAUAUAUAUAUAUAUAUAUAUAUAUAUAUAUAUAUACAAAAGUAUAGUGGAUUCGGCUAUUUCAGCCACACCCUCUGACAGGUGUAUAAAAUCAAGCACACAGCCAUGCAAUCUCUAUAGACAAGCAUUGGCAGUAGAAUGGCCUUACUGAAGAGCUCAGUGACUUUCAACGUGGCACCGUCAUAGGAUGCCACCUUUCCAGCAAGUUAGUUCAUCAAAUUUCUGACCUGCUAGAGCUGCUCCGGUCAACUGUAUGUGCUGUUAUUGUGAAGUGGAAACGUCUAGGAGCAACAAUGGCUCAGCAGCGCAGUGGUAGGCCACACAAGCUCACAGAACGGGACCGCCGAGGGCUGAUGCGCGUAGAGUGUAAAAAUCGUCUGUCCUCAGUUGCAACACUCACUACUAUCUAUCUCUCCAUGGAUUAUCUCUCUCUUUCUGUCGGUUAGCUUUCUCUUUCUUAUUCUCUCCCGUCUGAAUUGAUUUGCCGUAUCCUGUCCAAUUUGACCUGUUCUUAAAAUGCUGUGUGUGAAUUCACUUCGACACAAAUUAAAUGCAGCCAGGGUCUCCAAUACCGUUAUCCCUGUGUGUGUGUGUGUGUGUGUGUGUGUGUGUGUGUGUGUGUGUGUGUGUGUGUGUGUGUGUGUGUGUGUGUGUGUGUGUGUGUGUGUGUGUGUGAGACACAGUCUUCUCAUUCACUCCAUUCAAUAUGUUUUAGUAUUUUAUAUUUGUAAGUAUGUGUAAAUACUUUGAUGCAGAUUCGAUUUUUUGUAUUUUUCUGUUUUUUUAUAAUGCUAUGUCUGAUUGUUAGGUGAAGAGGACAGAAACAACAGACCAGACCAAUACAGAUACAGUACAUAGAACUGUUAUUGACAAACAAUUUGUUAGUAUUUGUAGCUGACAGGUUGAUACUGGCAAUGUGAUUGGUUUUCUGUUUGAAAUGAACUGAUUGUGAAAUUAAACCUGAAUUGUACUGAGAAA